UGUGAACGGUGUGCGGGACUGACUGCGGACGCACCGGAUCCACGGUUGAGCACCGAACAACUCCAAACAAGAUCCAAGGCUAAAAGACGCGUCAUUAACUCGCAGAGGAAGCGCCGAACAGCUGGAGUUUCCCCAUCUGUUUAUGUCCUUAAGACGAAACUGUGUGCACCUUUCUGCACGCGAGCCAGGAGCGGACAGUAGCUGAUAUCCCGUCUAUCAGUAUGCAGUAAAACAAUAUCAGAGGCAGCAAGACUCCGGAGUUUACUUUUCACGGUUCUUUUUCAAAAGAGAAUCCAAAUGGAAUUGGACAGAGAUUUUUGCCAGUCCUGUGACUGACAGUUGGACACUUUGAACAUGGAUAUAGGGCGAUAAAUUCUGGACAAGAAUUGUUGCAUAUCUAAAGUGCAUCUCUAUGAUCUGGGAUCAUAAGCGAAAGGAGUCUAAUUUUAAAUCUGACACAUGAUCAGGACCGGAUUUGUGCACCAACCCGAACCCCAACACGGGAUCGAUGGUCCUUAUACCUGUGUGCAUAUCUCUUACCCCAUAUCUAGCGUGAUCUGACCUUUUGUGAGGCUACUAGCUCAACUAAUAGAUGAGUACAAUAAAAGAGUCAGGCGCUGCCGUCUACCUAAGUGCAAGGUAGCAGCGAUUUUGGUAACAGAGAAACGUUGGCCCAGAAGCCGCCUGUGCAACGUUGUGCGACACCUUUUUUUUCCUCAAGACAACGCUAGAAAAUUUGGAUUUGGAAGUUGAGCCAUGGAGCCCCUCCGCCUGGACGCCUAACCUACUCUGUUGCAUGUGGUUCGGUAACCCGGAGUACAGUCGAUCGAAAGGAUCUUAUCUUCUUGCUGGCUUGUCUCUCCGAGAACAGUAUAAGAUGGCUGGAAGUGACGGCUCGUGGAAAUAUUACCUCUGGAUUCUGACAGCCAUGUGCCGAUACGCGUUACCCGCAGCCAAAUCACUGGAAUCUGUCGUGUGGAAUUCACAAAAUCCCAAGUUUGUGUCUGGGAAGGGCUUGGUGAUCUACCCAGAAAUCGGUGACAAACUGGACAUUAUCUGCCCCAAAGGGGAAAUGGGGAGACCGUAUGAGUUUUAUAAACUCUACCUGGUGAAGAAAGAGCAGGCCGAGUCCUGCAGCACCAUACUGGACCCCAAUGUUCUGGUGACCUGCAACAAACCAGAGAAAGACAUCAAAUUCACCAUCAAGUUCCAGGAGUUCAGUCCAAACUACAUGGGACUUGAAUUCAAACGCUUGACAAACUAUUACAUCACCUCAACUUCUAAUGGAACACAGGAAGGGUUGGAAAACAGAGAAGGUGGGGUUUGUAGCACGAGAUCCAUGAAGAUCAUCAUGAAAGUGGGCCAAGAUCCAAAUGCACCAGAUCCGGAUUUAACAGACCUCCCAGACCAGGACCGGGACAAUGAGAUCAAGGACCCCACAACCAGCCCAUCCCGCAAGAUAGACCGAGGCAGAGACGCAGAUGGAAACGAAUCUAUAAUGCCCGGCAGAGACACAAGAAACCAGGAUAACAACCCCGGGUCAGUGGAGGGAAUUUUCGGCUCCAAACCGGCCCUCUUCGCUGCCAUCGGAGCUGGCUGUGUCAUCUUCCUCCUCAUCAUCAUCAUCCUCAUCGUCUUGCUCCUCAAGCUUCGCAAGAGAACCCGCAAGCACUCACAGCCCAGGGGCGGAACCGCCCUGUCACUCAGCACUCUGGCCACACCCAAAGGAGCCGCCCAGGCCGGCUCAGAACCGAGUGACAUCAUCAUCCCCCUGCGGACAACAGAGAAUAACUACUGUCCACACUAUGAAAAAGUCAGCGGAGAUUAUGGGCACCCCGUCUACAUAGUGCAGGAAAUGCCACCCCAGAGCCCCGCCAAUAUCUACUACAAAGUCUGAGAGAACGCGAGGGAAGCAACUGCAAUAAGAACUCGUUUUUGUAAGGUAUCCUGAAUCUUUUUUUCAUUACCUAACCCCGUCUGCAAGAGGAUGGAGAGGGAGAAGUGGAAAAGAGGAAUGAAAAAGACUAUGCGGAUGAUAUUUCUCUCAGAUUUCCUUCCCUCCGUCCCUUUUCCGAACACUACACUGUGUGUACGUGUGCGUGCCGGUUGCUCUCGAUGUAUGUGAAACGGCAGAAAACCUCCCCAAAUUGUGUGGCACUCAGGCACGGACUUCACUGCUGAAGAACAGCCGACAACCAAUCACAUAGGGACGCUAGAGUGACAUCAGAAAGCAGGAAACUCUCAUUUGUUGUUUUUUUUGUACCGCUGCGACUCUUCACUUAGUUUUGUUGUCUGUUUUUCACCUCUCAGUCCAUCACAGUGUUUUGUUUUCAUCAGUAUCAACUCGAUUCUUGCAGCUUUCACAGUGUGUCGCUCAAAGAAAAUGUCUUAAAAAUUGUUAUGAAUGCCGCUCUCUUCCUCACACACUCAAUAUGUCCUCUCAUUUCCUUGCGUCUCUCCAGACACCCAUUCAUUUUACAUGCUUGUAGAGGCAAUUGAACAAAAACACACACUCACACUCGUACACACUUUGGUGUUCACGGGUCAGUAACAAACAGCUUCUCGGUGGAAAAGCGAGUGAGUGAAAUAGGGAAUUUAACAUGUUACAAACACCAGUGUCAGACCUUCCAGAACUCCCGGUCUGUUUUUUGUUCAUUUGAGAAUUGUUUCAGUUGAAAUUCUCUCUCCUCUCAGCCGAACACAAGUAGUUAUUUGCUAUCUGUUGUCAGUGAUGCGUGAAGUGCUGAAUAAUAUUUGUAUCUUGUCAUUAUUUUUUUUUCUUAUUCUAUCUCCCAAAGGUUUGUAGGUCAAAAACAUCUUUAGGGAUUUGCCUCUACACCAUGAGCCUAUGACCUCUUUUCAGUCACAGACAUGCUAACGUGUAUCUUUGCAUAAUUUAGUCCACUAACAUAUCUUUUUUUUUUGGUCUGUUUGGAUGUAGACAUGUACUCUAACAGUAUGACCGUGUGUAUGUAGAGUCCCAUGCAAAAGCCAAAAAUCCAUCAACAUACAGAACAUGUGAUAUUAUGCCUUCACCUCUCCCUCCUCUCAGAUAUGCAUAGAAAUGAUCCCUGUUUGCAUACAAACACACACAGAAAAAUAAACAUCCACAAAUCAGAGAAUCAAAACAAGCUCACCAUAUCAUCCUGGAAAAUCUAGUGCUAGAUCUAUUUUUAUAUGGACUGCACAUGAAAUGAAAAACCGCAAACAGUGGUGGCAGGUGUUUACGCCUAUGCUAAUUUAAAAUUAGCAGGAUUUGCAUCUGGCCUCCAGCGCAGCCAAUCAGAGGAAGCCCAAUAUUUCUCUGUGGCUUUCUCAUAAAAAUAGAUUUUUAAAAUGAUUUUUCGAUUAGGGUUUAUUGCUGUUGUUUUUUAUUUUACUUUUUUGUCUUUUCUUCUUGAUUUAGUUUCUAAGGCCCGAGAUUAUGUAAAUAAUGUAUGUUGGGAAAAAAUGUUGAUAUAAAAUUCCAUUUUAUUAGAGACCCUGUUAAUGAAAAUAUAAUUAGGAUUUUUGAAAAUGCAAAAGCCUUUGUAAAUAGUCUUUUUUGGAAAAAGACAUUUUGUAAGUAAAAGGUUUCCUGUCUCAUGGUUUUCUCUUUUUAUUUGACUUUUUUUCCCGUUUCGGUUGGUUUUUGAUUAAGGAGACUUAGAGGUCCCUGUACAACGGGUUUUAAAAGGUCAGCCUAAAGCAGCAAAAAGACAUACAAGUCCCUUCACAUACACACUUUAUCCUCCCUGUUUCACAAGGGGAUGGUGGUAUUUUUGUUUUGUUUCGUUUUUACAAAUGCUGUGACGGAACCAGGUCAAAUAUUCCAUGACAUAGUUCAUAAAGGAGGAAAAGAGGAGAGAGUUAUUACUCAAGAAAUGCCUAAAUAUAUAUAUAUACACACACACACACACACACACACACACACACACACACACACACACACACACACACACUCACUCUUACUGACUGACCCAUCAGUCAUUCUUAUAGCACACAAUAUACAUACAUAUACAUAAACCCCAUCAGACACAGGGCAAGCACCAGCAAACUACUUUAACAAAACUAAACCAGCAACAGCUUGUGCAACUAAUUAUUUAUGUGUGUUUGUCUGAGCUGUUUAAGGCAGUUCAGGUCUUUAGGAUUGACCUUAGAAGAGCACUUUUUGAAAUUCAUGACUUGUUUUUUUACCCAUAGAAAUGCACAUGGGUGCACUGACCCUACCAGUCAGCUAAUUAAAGUGGAUCAGUCGCGGUAUCACACUGCAACCAAAUCAUUUUCUUGCACAGCAUUUUUGUCUUGUUUUCCAGUACAAAUAUCUAUAUUUAUCUCUUAAAAAAGAUUGAUCUGAACGCAAAAUGACAAUACAUAUAUGUAAUCGUAGUUUCAGAAAAAUCUAAGAGAUUUUGGUGAGAUUUAUGCUUAAAUAAAUACAGUCCUAAAUAUUCUGAUAUUUUACUGGAAAAAUUCAUGUAUAUUUUUUUGCAGUGCAUUAACAAAUGUUAACCCCAACUUUACCAUAAACAGUGGCUUUCUCUGUACAUGUUUAUCAGCAAAAGCUGUGAAUAAUUUGUGUAGUUUUAUGGAUCAGCACUGCUGUAGUGGGAUCUUAUUCAGUCUUUUGCUUCAGGCUUUUUGCAGCUUAGCUUACACAUUUGGUUCGCGGCACUCUUAACAGCUGUAAGGCAUACGCUUCCUUUGACAUUUGUCUGUACCAUAACAGUAAGGU